UAUAGAAUAAUAUUCCUCCAAAACGAAGGAACGACAUGGAUUAUACGGGAAAUAAAAAUUCAGUUUUCAACUUUGCCUCGCGAAAAACAAAAGCAGUAAGAUCAUGGAUUAUCGCAUCUGCGGCCAAAGAACUUCCAUUUCGCUAGCCAAGAUGGCAGCUUGACAGGGUGAUGUCGGCGUGAUUAGUUUCAAAAAAUGAGCCAUAUUUUACAAUCAGAUGUUGUGCGUUAUGCUUGCACAUGUGGUUCAUUAAAACCACUUUCAAGGAUAUACUUUUGUAGACAUUGCUUGAAAAUAAGGUGUGGCUAUUGCGUUAGUCAUGAGGUCGAUUCUCACUAUUGUGCUAAUUGCUUGGAAAACCUGCCGUCAGCUGAGGCCAGGUUGAAAAAACAGAGAUGUGCAAGUUGUUUUGAUUGCCCCAGCUGCCUCCAUACUCUUUCUACCAAAGCUAGCACAGUAGUAGUGCCCAGUUCUGAUGAAAAGACUGUAACUAGGAAAUUGUAUUAUUUAGCAUGUGGAUUUUGUCGCUGGACAUCAAGGGAUAUUGGAUAUCCAGACCAAACUGUUGCUAGUGGAGGAUGGCCAGAAAAGGAAAAUCCCCAUGCUUCUCGAAUUUAUAACUUACUUGAACAUUUUAAAACUUUAGCUCUGAGGGAGAAGCAAGAGAGAGAAAAGAAAAAGAAAUUCAUACCUCGCAGAAAUAUCUAUCACUUAUCAGGACUUAGUGCUGCAAUGGCUAGAAAACGAGCUGGACUUCCAUCUAUCGGCCCAUCAUCACUGAAAGAUGAUGUGGGCGGACCUGCUGAACUUAUACCUUCCAUUGCCACUGAAGAAGUAGAACAAUUACCUGAAGAGAUCUUUACUGACACACUUAAUCUGCUGAAAGUUACUACAUUAAAGCAGCGUUUGGCUCAGCCAGAGUUCCAGCCCCAAACUGUGGAUGAAUUGUAUCCUGCUCAUAAAUGUCUUCUGAUUAAAAGAUCCCAACGAUGUCGCUCUUGUGAACAUAAUGUUAGUAAACCAGAAUAUAACCCUGGGUCCAUAAAAUUCAAAAUACAAUUAUCAGCCCAUUAUCAUGUUCCAGAGAUUCGAAUUGUUACUUGUGAACCAUUGCGUGCUGGAGAGAAAAGUGAAAUGAUUAUAAAGAUCUGUAACCCAACCCAGUACCAAAGCUCUUUGCAGUUUUCACCAUUACCAUCUCCAGAAGAGGAAGCUGAAGAACUUAGUAAAGAGAUUGAGGAAAGGAAACAAAAAGUGGACAGGAAAGAUGAGAAAACGAAUCGUGAAGAUGUCUUGUUACUUCUACCAUCUAUUUGUCGUCAAGUGUCUAUAACUGAAGAUCCUAGACCUGUAAAUGUGGCAUUAACUGGAGAUAUUUCCCUUCCUCCAGUUACUCUAGUUCUUCCUCCUCGUGAUGAUGCUGCAGAAUAUGACGACUCUGGAGAUACACAUAAUUUUCAAGAUGAUCCAAAAAUUGUUGUAUGGAGAAAAGCAAAUAAGGCAGCUAUGAAAUUAGUCAUUACACCUGAAGAAGAUAUAUCUGAAGGAAGAGACGUUAUUGUAGGGUUUGUGAUGCAUUAUACUUACAUCAACACAAUGGCGACGCAGUUAUUAGAACAGAGAGAACCACAGAAAGUAAAUUUGAAAGUUAAAUUAUAUAUUACAGUUGGAAAAGUUGUUGGGAAAUAAUUUAUCUUUGCCUAAUCCAGAUUACUAAACCAUUGUAAAGUUAUCAUGUAAUAACUCUGAUUGUUCAUUCAUACAAGUGUGCUUGCUUAUUUACAUGCUUGACUACAACACUUAUUAUUCUUUUAUAAUAGCUUUCAUGUAUUUUGUUUUCUCAAUUGUAAUCUAAUUAUUUAAAUAUUUAAAGCUGGCUUGCAGAUUUUUUUUGGUUGAAUCUUCAUUUCUAUUUCAGCACAGAUGCAGAUAAUAAAUAUUUAAAAUCAUUGUUUUUGUGGGAAAUUAUUUUAAAAAACUCACCAUUGGUUUCCUCGUCCUUUAAUUAUCAGAACAUUAUUAGUGCUAUUGACACCUAGUAAAG